ACAGUUUUCUUAUUAUUGUAAGUGCCAAUAAGUAGUAAUAAGAGUUCCUAAGGUUAUUGACUAAAAUGGCUCAGCUAUACAGGCUUCAAGGGCAAAUAGAGCUAAAGUGUGAAGCAGAUAAGUUUUUUGAUGUUUGGGCUCACAAAAUAUACCUUGUUCAAAAAAUAUGCCCAGAUAAAGUUCAGAAAACUGUGUUGAAUAAGGGAGAGUGGCAUAAACCUGGUGCUGAAUUGACUGGAUAUUAUGUCAUUAAUGAUGUGGGGGAAAGUGCAUCCAUAAAAACAAGGGUGGAUGAGAUAGAUGAAAAGAAUAGGUGUGUGGUUCAUAGUUAUCAUGAAGGAUACAUAAUGGAGAAGCUCUAUAGAAGCUUUACAUCCAAGAUGCAAGUAACUCCAAAGGGUAAGGGUUGUGUUAUCACAUGGAGCUAUGAAUAUGAGAAGAUGAUUGAAGAUGCUCCUGAUGCCAAUUUGUACCUUCACUUUAAUUUUGCCAUGGCAACAGAUGUUGAUGCUUAUCUUUGCAAGGCUUGAUAAAUAAUUGAUUACAUGUAUACUAAUAUUAUGUCACCAUCAUGUCAUAUAUGCAUUCAUGAUCAUGCAUGCUAGCACGAUCAUGAUGCAUGUAUACUUAUCUUUAAGUUGUGUUAUUUCAUUUUAUGAAUAAAUGAUAUGUUGUAUCAUCAAUAAAUGGAUGGGAUAUAGUGUGGACUGUGGUAUAACGUAUAGUGUAUAUGUAUCUAAAUCUAAAUCUAAAUAUCUAUAUAUUUAUAUUCUUUUUCCUUUUAAUACAAAA